AUGGAAAGAAGCAUGCUCAAUAUAAAAAGAAUAGAUAAGAUUAGACAUAUCAAGAUAAGUAAAAUAACACAAGCCACUAAUGCUUUGAACUACGCACAAAGGUUAAAGUGGAAAUGGGCCGGCCACAUAUCGCGGCAGAGAGAUAAAAGAUGGACCUACAAUACCACCAUAUGGAGAGGACCACAAGGAAAAAGAAAGAGAGGAAGACCCUCUACCCGAUGGGAGGAUGAAAUAAAAAAAGUUGCUGGCCCAAAGUGGUGGCUAAUAGCACAGGACAGAGAGAAGUGGGCAUCAUUGGAGGAGGCCUUUACCCAACCUGGGGACCUUAUAAAAGCUGGCGCCGAAUCAACCAAUGAUGAUACAAGCAUAUUCAACAACUAUUCGCCGUCUACAGUCAACUUUCAAGAUAUUUACACGAAUACUUUAAGCUUGCAAUCUGAAGAUAACCCAUCACAACCUGAUGAAGAACUCCCUAUAAACAGUAUAUCGACACAGUACGCGGAAUUUCACCCGAAAAUUCUAAAGAUAUCGCGGAUCACACCUCCACCGAAAGUACUCCUUAACUCUUCUUAUGUAAAAACUACCAGUAAACUAGACAUAAGCAGUUCAAUGACCUAUACAGAAGAGCCAGACGAGAUGAUAAAGGUCAUACCAAUUGCAAGACACCAGAAAGGAGUUCUCGAUAUUCUCUUUCCGGCUGCAAGAGUGAAGUCUUUCAAAACUGUUUUCGAUUCUUUUAAACGUUUUCUGUCGCAAACAUUUUAAAUAUAUAUUUUAAAUGCAA